AUUCUGCAACAAAUACUAAAUACUCUUCGCGAUCGAAUCUGUUGCGUCCACCAUAGUCGGAUCGUUCUUGUCUUGUAUGCAUAUUGUUCACACAGCCUACUGUUGAUCUCGGUCACAACGUCGUACACUCAUGGUUUCCGCUUUCAACGAUACCUUGGGUGAGAGCAUCCCCGCUCAUACGCCACACGCAGUCAGCGUAUCGCUGCCAACAUGGCAAGCCAACGUAGGUUACGAAGAGGGGCAGGAAUGGGUGGUUAGCAAGAUGCAGACUGGGUACCCUCGAAGAUUCUUCAUUCAUAAAUCCAUUCAAAAGCUGGCAGAUGGCAUCAUAGCUGCAUAUGGCGACCCCGCUGCGGACAAGGCUCUCCUGCUCCCAACGAAUGCUUGCGCAAUGCGGUGCAAGGAUUUCAUACAUCGGGAGAAUCCAACGGUGGAUCAAUGUCAGAUUCGCAUCGUCAAUUUGGUCCCUCAACCCGAGCUCGCAGCCCUCAGACCAAUCGAUGAAGUUCUGCCGCACAUCUCUGCCGUUCUCUUCCCAGCUGAACUCUGGCCAUCUGCAAAAGCUUUCUGGCAGCACACCGGAGAAGGCGUACAAAGUCGAAGGGCCGAGUUCUGUCAGCGCGCCUUUGACGACAAGUUCCUGGUCGAUCAGUCGACCGUUGCACCGCUGGCACCUAAAUUGGCGAAAGGUCCUCGAAGAUAUCAACGGACUUUAUCAGUAGAUUUCAACGGCACAAAUGGCUGCAAUGGGCACGCAACCGAACAACAACCCCAGGUCAACGGAAAUGGCAUUCAGGAUCUGGCACAAUUCGUAGAAGAGCGAUUCGGCCGCAAUCUCAAUACAAGGUUCGCCGCCCAGGCUAAGCUGGCGGUCCGAAGACGCAUCGCAGGAUCCUUGACCGAGAAUUCCGAGCUUCCGGAAUCUCUCAAUGCGCCUGUCGAUACUGAGCGUCAGCGGAAUGUCCCGGAAUUCUCAAUAGAUGAUGUGUACCUUUACCCGUGCGGAAUGAAUGCCAUCUUCAACGCACAUCGAAUACUGAUGGCGGCGCGAGGCCCCCUGAAAAGCGUCAUGUACGGCUUUCCUUACGUAGACAGUCUCAAGGUUCUUGAGAAGUUCGGCCCCGGUGCACUCUUCUACGGCCACGGCGACUCAAACGAUCUCGAUGAUCUUGAACGGCGAUUAAAAGCUGGGGAGCGAUUCCUGCUCCUCUUCUGUGAAUUUCCCGGAAAUCCGCUGCUCAAAAGCCCCGACCUGCAACGGAUCCGCACCCUCGCCGACACGUAUGACUUCGCCGUGGUGAUCGACGAAACCAUCGGCAACUUUCUCAACGUCAACGUCCUCCCAUAUGCCGACAUCGUCGUCAGCAGCCUCACCAAGAUCUUCAGCGGCGACAGCAACGUCAUGGGCGGGACGCUGAUCCUCAAUCCACGGGCGCCCGCCGCGAGCUAUGCGGCGCUCAAGCGGGUCCUGGCGACGGAAUACGAGGACAACCAGUUCGAAGAGGAUGCGGUGUACCUCGAGCGCAACAGCCGCGACUUCGUGGCGCGCAUCGCGCGGGCGAACGCGAACGCUCUCGCCAUCGUCGACGUCUUGCGCGCGGCCUGCCCGAGCAAAGUCAAGCAAGUCUACUAUCCCCGCGACUCACCGACGCGAGCCUUCUACGACCAUUGCCGCUUGCCAAACGGAGGCUACGGCGGCCUUGCCAGCGCGACAUUCCAUUCCGUCGAGGACGCCGCACUGUUCUACGAUCACCUUGAGACGAGCAAAGGGCCGAGUUUGGGGACGAAUUUCACGCUGGCAUCACCUUUUGUGCUACUGGCGCAUUACGGAGAGUUGGAGUGGGCUGCGCAGUAUGGAUGCGAGCAGGCGCUGGUGAGAUUCAGCGUGGGUCUGGAGGAUUCGGAGACUCUGGUGAAGAUAUUUCAGGAGGCAUUGGCGGCGGUGCCGGAGCGGUAA